AUGCUUGUACAACCUUCCUAUCCUGCUUAUGGAAUAAACAGUUUUGAAUAUUUGAAAGGAGCAAUAAACUAAAUGUAUAUUUUGAAUUCAAAUAUGUAAAAGGAACACUCUAAAAAUUUAGCCUCACAUCAUGCUAAUUAUGUAAAUGCAUAUGAAAGUGUUAUGAUGAAUAAUAAAACAUGUGGUAUAUUAACAACUGAGAAAAAAGUAUCAACUUAAGAUUGCUAUGAUUAUGCAAAUGGAACUAUUAUGCAAGGUUUCGCUAUUGCUUUGCCUAGACAUAUUGAAAAUUUUAGAAUGGUUGCGACUAAAUUUGAAAAGUUAGCUUUGUAAUUCCCAAAUUAAGAAGAGCUUACAAGAAAUACAAUUAAAUUAAUGUAAGAAUAGUUUAUUAUUGAAAUAUAGAUUAUGUAAGACGUUUAUAUUAGGAAU